AAAAAUGAGAGCUUCAUGUAUCCCAACACUCUCGUUCCAAGAAAAGAAUAAUUUUCAUCUUGGGAAUGAGUAGACAUUUCAAAGAUGGCCAUUGAUGAGAGGAAACCUUCAUAAUCUACAGAAGUUGUUAACUGCUUUGUGUAACCCACCCAAGAUUAAAAUUGUUCCCUGAUUCCUCCUCCUCCUCCUCCUCCUCCUCCUUUUUCGUAGUUGUGUUCGAAGAAACAAAAAUGGCAGAGGCUGCUAUUCUGGGCGUAAUUGCCAAGAUUUCUGGAGAAAUAGCUGUUAAUCGAAUCAUCAAAGAAAGUUCUCGCUUGUCUCGCGUGAGAGAAGACCUCAUUUGGAUUGAAACUGAGAUGAGACGCAUUCAAUCCUACUUAGAAGAUGCUGAGGCCAAGCAAUUCAGGACAAAAGGAGUAUCCAACUUCAUACGUGAAAUUCAGGACCUUGCUUAUGAUGUGGAGGACAUCAUUGACACAUAUUUUGCCAAGAUAAGCUUGAUGAGUAGGACCCGGUGGAAGAGGCUUCUUGACUUCAGAAACAUGAGAAUCGCUCAUGGCUUUGUUAAAGAGGUUGAAGGCAUCAGAAAAAGGGUCGAGGAUAUCAAAAAUUCUCGGCAAACUUUUGGAAUCGAUGAAUGCAGCCGCAGCUGUGAAGAAGAUACACGGGAUCCAAGACAAUCUUUCCCUCACCUUGAUGAACCAAAUGUUGUUGGUUUCGACGAUCUGAUCAAAAUUCUGGUGCACAAAGUCCUCGACGAGGAUUCGCAUCAUCGUGUGGUGUCUAUUGUUGGCUUUCCCGGUCUGGGAAAGACAACUCUUGCGAGGAAAGUUUAUAACUCUGCUUGGCAAUCAAAAGUUUACAACUCUCAUCGACAGCGUUUUGACUGCGCAGCAUGGAUUUGUGUUUCUGAGAGACCAAACGAAAAAGGGCUUUUGCGAGACAUCGCAGGGCAGGUGGGCUUGGAGAAGGAGAAGAUGGAGCAUAACGUCGAGACCAAUCUAUACGAAUUCUUGAGCAGGAAAAGGUAUGUGAUAGUGAUAGAUGAUAUAUGGCAUACCAGGGCGUGGGAUGCUUUAAAGAUUGGCCUUCCUACGAAUUCUGAGAAUGGGAGUCGAAUAGUACUCACUUCUCGGCAUACAGACGUAGGUGUACAUGUAGGCGGGCCGAACUCUGUACUUAAGCUGGAACCCCUGAAUCAGGAAACCAGUAGGAGACUCUUCUACAAACUUAUUGUAGGUGAUCUACAAAAUAUUUGCCAAACACAAGAUCCCCCGCAACUAGAGAAAAUUGGUGAGCAAAUAUUAGAAAAAUGCGGUGGUGUGCCACUAGCAAUUGUACUAGCGGCAGGUUUGCUAAAAUUAAGAGAGAGAUCAGAAACUGCAUGGAAAGGGGUAUUAGAGGAUAUGGGUCAAGAUAAUGACCAAUGCGCCGAAAUCUUUGCCUUAAGUUACAAUGAUUUGCCGCUUAAUCUCAAACCCUGCUUUCUAUACUUUGGAAUUUUUCCGGAGGAUCGUGAAGUUGAGGCAUUCGAUUUGAUUAAUUUAUGGGCAGCCGAGGGGUUUAUAAGAGGUAAUAGAGUGAGAGAGGUUGAGGAAGUGGGAGAUGACUACCUAAAUCACUUGAUAGCGAGAAACCUGAUUCAAGUUGUUGAAAGGAGGUACAAUGGAAGGGUUAGAAGUGUCCGAAUUCAUGAUAUUUUGCACAAUCUUUGCAUUCGGGUGGCUAACGAGAUUAAUUUUUUUAACAUUCAUAGAGACGAGAUCAAUUGUAACACUACAUUGAAGUUACGUAGAGUCGCUAUCCAUUGCAGUGACACCGAUCACUACCCUGCUUUGUAUCCGAAAACUUCCAGCCUUCGUGCUAUGUUUUGUUUUGAUCGUCAGUACCCGUGGAAUAGUAAGGCUCAUAAAAAUCUUCUUGGGGAUUCAAAAUUUCUUCGAGUGCUUAGUGUUGAGAAGGGGAACGAUGUACCAAGGUCCCUUCUAACUAAGAUUACCAAUUUAAGGCAAUUGACUUAUCUUAAAUUGAGAUCCCCAAUUAUGGUUGUAGAACUUCCUUUUGCCAUAAGCAAUUUAAAAAGUUUGCUAACCUUGGAUCUUAGAGAAUUAUGGGGGGUCUACCUUCCAAAUGUUAUUUGGAGUAUGAAGCAAUUAAGACACCUUCUCUUACCAAACUUCGGCUACGUUCCUUCACUUUGUCGGGUCAACUUUGAUGUGUCCCAUCCUGUUGAAAUUUCAUUAUCAAAUCUCCAGACCUUACAAGGGCUGCCUGGUGACCAUUUCAAGGCAGAUUGGUUGCACAAAAUUACCAAUUUGAGAACAUUGCGGGUCAAUAGGGUGAAUAAGGAUAUCAUUGGGGUACUUUCGCAUGGGGCACCUGUAUCACACAAGCUUGAAGAGCUGUUCUUAGUCAGCGGCGUAUUGCCUUUGCUGGAAACUGCUUCUCUAAAUUUGGUUCGCUAUGAUAAUCUAUUUGAGCUGCGUAUUUUGGAUGUAAAGCUGAAUGAUUUGUCGCAUGAUAAACUGCCUCCAAACCUCACCAAACUUACCCUUUCCGGGACACGCUUGAGGAAGAACCCAACAGAGGCUCUAAAGAAACUACAGAAACUAAAGUUCCUUGAAUUGCUCAGCUAUUCAUUCUUGGGGAAGGUACUAGUUUUCUCUGGAGAACCUGGUUACUUUCCUCAACUCGAAGUAUUGAAGAUUAAAGACUUGCCCAAUUUGGAGAGGGUGGUAGUUAAGGAAGAAGGACUGCCAAGACUAAGGGAUUUUAUGAUCCUUGAUUGCAGUGCAGAAACACUACUUCCUGAUAGAGUGAGAAACGCAAUGAGGACCAACUAAUGAAAAAGGAAGGUGAAAUAAUUAUUCACAUGCUAAAGAUAAUUCUGCUCUUGUUCUUUGUUUGAGAUAGUUGAUACUAAGUGUAUGAUUGAUUUGUCUAAUAAGGAGUGGUCUAUGGCUUUGUAAUUCAAUAAUAAUACUUUGGUUGGAGUGAUUGAUUUGUCUAAUAUGGAGUGUUCUAUGGCUUUGUAAUUUAAUAUUAAUUACUACUUUGGUUGGA